AGUUAACACCAACUCUGGUUUUAACGAUGAAUCUUCUUCUUCUUCUUCUCGCCUUUAUUUUAGUUCAUAAAAAUUAUCAUCAGUUCAUCCAUGCAGACAUAAGUACACACCAUUCAUCCAUCGUAUAUAGAAUGAAAAUUGUGACAUACAUAAAAAUAAAAAAAAGGCACUGGAGUCUUCGAGGAAAAUUCUCGGAGAAGAAUAGCGUUCGAUGGAAUUUCUGAUAGCGCAUUUUUUACUGCUGUUGUUGAAUAUAUUUUAGAAUGGUGCGGUAAUUGGGAGAAGAAUAGAAGCUUUCGUGGAAUUUUUGCUUCGUUGUUUUGGAAUUUUGUUAUUCUUUAGAGUUUUUUUUUUGUUUUUGGAGAUGAUCAUCAGUCGCUGAUAUGAUUUUAUUUUGAACUUGAUUUAUGGGGCUUUGUCUAUGUCUGAAGAUGAAGACUGUCCAUGGUGUUCUCCUCCUUACUAUCCUGGAUAAAUACAGAAUCAAAGACAUCAUCAGACAUCAAGACAAUUUCCUUCAACAUGCCAUGUCGGUUGAAAUAUAAAAAAUCGAUUAUCCCACACGUUCAUGUAAAAAAAAAUAUUGUAUUUAAUCACAAAAUGUGGCUUGCUAAAUAAAUAAAUUGUAUGUAGACAUAUUCCGAACCCCAAAAACAACAUUGUGGAAGGCAUGGAAGUGAAUAUGAAAUUUAUAAAUAUACAUGCACAUACUCCGAGUGACUUGAAAAUUAACUACAGAAUUUUUUUUGCCUUGUUUCUGUCAAACUUGAUUAAUAAUGCUUUUUUUUGCGGUUGCUUUCAGAUUUUUUUUUGUUCCAGCGUGGCGAAUGAAUUAAUAAAUUAUUGAAUGAAUUAUUAAGAAGAGGAAGUAAGACAGUCAUCAAAUGCAUGUAAGUUUCACUGUUG